AAAAGGAAGAAACUUUAAAGCAGUUUGUUCAAGCGUUUGGAGUUUUCUUGAGUUCUUUUUCCGAUCGGUUCUUGGUGUGGCGAGUUUUAUGUAACGCUUCCCCUUUUCAUGUUAUGGUGAGAUUGCAUGCUUCCCCUCUUUACAAAAUGACAAGUAAAACGUUUGUUUGAUUAUCUGAAUUAGGUUGUUGGGUCAUUAUUGAAAUUUGAAAACACCCCAUUCCUGAUUCCUUAUGUUUAUCUUCUGUUACUGUUUUUAUUCUAAUUUACGUUUCUUGUUUGCUUGCUUCAACAAUUUCCGUUUAGUUUUCGUGAUUUGUGGUAUUUUAUAUGUGCAAUGAGCUCUUGUGAGGUUUAAGAACUGUCCAAUUCAAUGGAAAAGAUUGAUGAUUGUGUUUAAUGGAGAUGGUCAUAGUAGAGUCAGAUAUUCCAAUAUCUUAAUCAUUGGAAAACUGGGUCUGCUCCAGUUUGCUUGUUCUCCCUUUCUAAUUGCAUACUAUUUAUUAAUGAAAUACUGGUUCUUUGAAUUAUAUGGUUUACUCAGAUGAGUAACUGAAGUAUAAUUAAGGAAUUAUAAAACAUCCCAACUACUACUCUUAGUUAUAUUAAUGCUUUGACAAUCAGCUCUUAUAUUCCGAAUCUUAUUCGAUCUCGUUUGUAUAUUAUCUGCAUGUAAAUCUCUAAAAUUCCUAUGAGGAAAUGACUUUAUGGCCUUCCAAAGUUAUCUCUUGACUUUAAUCUUUGAUACCGAACGUGGAUUCCGUCGGUUGGCCAAAUGGUACUUAUUUUGCGAAGGACGGAUCUUGUUUUACAAUUUGUACGAGUUCGUCAUGGAAAUGCCACGCGGAACAUGUCAAUCUGUCGUUUUGGUUGGCAAACAUGGUUGCAGUACCUUCUUGGACUACUCCCAUCAAUGCCUUGAACCAUUCUAAGGGGAUAGCAUUCUCAGGAGGGCCGCUGACUUAUCUAUGUUUAGUGAUACUGAUGUUGGACUUAUGAUGUUUUCUCCUACAGGUCAAUUUACUAGUUUUGCCAGCAAGGGAAGGAUUGAGGAUAUCUUUCUUCGUUUCUUGGACUGGUGUGAUGAACGUGGACAACCACUCAAAAACCAUGAGGUAGCCUAUCGCUCUUCGUUCUCUCAUUUUCCCCAUUUUCUAAGACUGUUUUUGUCUCCCUACUAUGCUGUAUGUUGCCUGUGCUUACAGUUCUUGCGCAAAAGCUUGAAGCAUUUGAAGUAUGAAGCUGAAAUACUGGCUAAAAUAGGACGCAUAGAGGAACUUGAGAGAAAACUCGCUGACCUCAACAGGAAGAAAUAUGAAGCUGAGGAAAAGAUGAGGUCUUAUAAUCCAGAAACGAUUCAGAAGCGCUCAAUUUAUGAAGCUACUCAUCGACAGCAAAUUGUUAUGGACGCAAUUCGACGAAUUGAGAAGUUGAAACAUGAAAAGCUGCUUGAGAAAGAGAUUUCACCUUCAAAUCCUAAUAAUGUCGAGAUGCCUUCACUAGAGGUGGGCUCAAGUUCGGCAGCGGCAGAAGUUACAAACUCGGAAACACAAAGGAAUCAGUUACCAAAUGAUCACAACGAAAAAAACAUCAAAGAAAUGGAACCUUCGACAAGCUGAGAACAUGGCAGAUAGCAAAUGUCAUAUGUCGUUUCAAGGAAAGUGCAGCAUCAUUGUGGAUAGACUUGGGUUGCUCAAAAAGUUCGUGGUUUUCGUAUAAGUAAACAUCGUUAAUAACUUUAGCCUAGUCAAGCAGUUCCCUUUCUACAGUAUUGGGGUUUAAGGUUCAACUAUCCAGUUCUCCUACCUUGGACUUGUUUGCAUGUAAGGAAUAAAGAGAAACUUGUCCGUGUGUGCCAGUAGUAGUUCUUGCAAUCUUGUACUCCUUGUUUGAAGUCUUAUACUUAUCUGAACUGUUA